UUUUUUUUAUUGUAUGUGUUGUUGCCCAGUUUUGUGUGCUCGUAAAGGUUCUCCGAAAUAUAUUUUAAGAUAAUUUUUUCUUUAAAAUAUAUUCGCGAGUGAUUAAUUUUAAUACAUCACACAUAUUUUUGGCUUAAAUUUAAUUACAAUAAAUAAUUUGUCUAUCAUUUUCUGAGAACGAGUACCGUAAGAUGUCAGGAAAAGAAGUAUGAAAAGGAUAAGAAAGUCAAUUUUAACAUUUAUUGUCACUGUUAGUGCUUGGUUUACGUUCUCAGUGAGUUUCUAAUCAAAAUAUUUUUAUCGUCGCUGUUCAUUUGAAAUUAUAAAACCAAUAUGUAUCGAGCAAACGGUACCAUCAAUAUGACUUUAAAAUGGAUAAGAAAUUGCAGCAAGAGAAAUUUUAUUCGAAAUUUAGGAUCUGCUAUUUAUGUUCGUAAAUAUAGUACAGAUGCAACUGAACAAUUUGCAAAUGGCGCAACUGCUGCCUAUAUUGAGGAAAUGUACAAGUCUUGGUUGAAUGAUCCAAAAUCAGUACAUGAGUCUUGGGAUGCCUACUUUCGUUCCAAUUCAUAUACAGCGGUAAAUAAAAACUUAAAGCCAUUGUCAGCAAUACUUCAUCGUAGAGAACCUGAUGAAAAAACAAUUGACGAUAAUUUGGCAGUGCAGGCAAUUAUCAGAAGUUAUCAAAUUCGGGGACAUAACAUUGCUCGCGUCGAUCCACUUGAAAUUAAUGAUACUGAUGUUCCUGAUAAAAGAACCACAAAAGCUAUUUAUGCUAGUUUCAAUUUUGAUGAAAGUGACAUGGAACGUGAAUUUAAAUUGCCUAGUACAACGUUUAUUGGCGGUGAUCAGUCCUCCCUAUCAUUGAAGGAUAUUUUAAGUCGCUUAGAGAAUGUGUACUGCAAUAAAAUUGGUGUGGAGUUUAUGUACAUAAAUUCAUUGGAACAACGUAACUGGAUCAAAAAACGCUUCGAGUACCCAGGUGUGAUUGAUUUUACACCUGUGAAGAAGCGUUUAAUUUUAUCGCGCUUGAUACGUGCUACUGGAUUUGAAGAUUUUCUAGCAAAAAAAUACUCUUCGGAAAAACGUUUUGGUUUAGAAGGUUGCGAAAUAAUGAUUGCUGCAUUAAAAGAGAUUAUUGAUGUUUCAACUGAUUUAGGUGUGGAAUCUAUUAUAAUGGGUAUGCCACAUCGUGGUCGUUUAAAUACUUUAGCUAAUGUCUGCAGAAAACCAUUAGAAAAAAUAUUUAAUCAAUUUGCUGGCUUAGAAGCUGCUGAUGAUAGUUCCGGUGAUGUGAAAUACCAUUUGGGCACAUAUAUUAAUCGUUUAAAUCGUGUUACGAAUAAAAAUAUACGUUUGGCAGUUGUUGCUAAUCCAUCUCAUUUAGAAGCUGUAGAUCCUAUUGUACAAGGCAAAACACGCGCUGAGCAAUUCUAUUGUGGUGAUCAGGAAGGCAAAAAAGUGAUGUCAAUACUUUUGCAUGGUGAUGCAGCCUUUUGUGGUCAAGGUGUAGUUUACGAAACAAUGCACUUGUCUGAUUUGCCAGAUUACUCAACGCAUGGUACCAUACACUUAGUUGUGAAUAAUCAAGUUGGUUUCACCACCGAUGCAAGUUCCGCUCGCUCUUCGCCAUCUUGUACUGAUGUCGCACGUAUUGUCAAUGCACCUAUUUUUCAUGUCAACGCAAAUGAACCAGAAGCAGUUAUGCAUGUCUCCAAAGUUGCUGCUGAAUGGCGCGCUGCAUUCCACAAAGAUGUUGUCAUAGAUCUGGUUUGUUAUCGUCGUAAUGGACACAAUGAAAUUGAUGAACCAAUGUUUACUCAACCAUAUAUGUACCGGAAGAUCGAAAAAAUGAAGAAUUGCUUAGAUUUGUAUGCUGAAAAACUUAUCGGUGAAGAUGUUGUCACACCUGACGAGGUUAAUACUAUUUCUGCUGAAUACCAAAAAAUUUGCGAAGAAGCUUUCGAAAAUGCAAAAAAGGAAACAUACAUUAAAUAUAAAGACUGGCUUGAUUCGCCUUGGUCUGGCUUCUUCGAAGGUAAAGAUCCAUUGUUAGUUUUACCAACUGGCGUCAAAGAAGAAACGUUGGUAUACAUUGGUAAUAGAUUUUCUCAAAUACCGGCUGAUUUCGUUAUUCAUAAAGGUUUAUUCCGUAUAUUGACUGCACGCAAAGCAAUGGUUGAUGAAAAAGAAGUUGAUUGGGCGCUUGGUGAAGCAAUGGCUUUUGGUUCUUUACUUAAAGAGGGCAUACAUGUCCGCUUAUCUGGUCAAGAUGUAGAACGUGGAACAUUUUCACAUCGGCAUCAUGUGCUGCAUCAUCAGCUUAUUGAUAAAGUUACUUAUAACAGCUUACAGCACUUGUAUCCCAAUCAAGCACCUUACUCAAUAACAAACAGCUCUCUGUCAGAAUAUGCUGUAUUAGGUUUUGAACAUGGCUACUCAAUGACAAAUCCAAAUGCUUUAGUUCUCUGGGAGAGUCAAUUUGGUGAUUUUGCGAAUACCGCGCAGUGUAUUAUUGAUCAGUUUAUAUCUAGUGGGCAAGCCAAAUGGGCUCGUCAGUCUGGUUUAGUUAUGCUGUUACCUCAUGGUAUGGAGGGUAUGGGCCCAGAACAUUCAUCGGGCCGCAUCGAACGUUUCUUGCAAAUGUCAUCUGAUGAUCCCGAUUAUUUCCCACAUCCAAGUGAUGAAUUUUCUAUACGUCAAUUACACGAUAUUAACUGGAUUGUAGCUAAUUGUACAACACCUGCAAACUAUUUUCAUAUAUUACGACGUCAGAUUGCUUUACCUUUUCGCAAACCUUUAAUCUUAAUGACACCAAAAUCGUUGCUAAGAAAUCCAGAAGCAAAAAGUUCAUUUAGUGAGAUGAUUGAUGGCACUAAAUUUCAACGUGUUAUUCCAGAUAGAAAAUUACCUGUUCAAAAUCCCGAUUUAAUUAAAAAAAUUGUUUUUUGUUCGGGUAAGAUAUAUUAUGAUUUAACACGAGCACGUGCUGAAAGAAAACUUGAAAUGGAAAUAGCGCUCGUUCGUGUGGAACAGAUUUCACCAUUUCCGUUCGAUUUAAUUAAAGAACAAGGAUAUAUCUAUAAAUUUGCUAACCUUAUUUGGGCUCAAGAAGAACAUAAAAAUCAAGGUCCUUGGAAUUAUGUGAAACAACGCUUUUUAACAACAUUCAAACACUUAAGAGAUAUCCAGUAUGUUGGUCGCCCUUGUAGUGCUUCAACAGCAACUGGUUCCAAAGUUCAACAUGUUCGUGAAUUAAAUGAUUUAUUGAAUGAUGCCUUAUCCAUUUAAGUCAUCAAAUACCACAAAUAAAUAAAAACAUUUUAAA